UAGGCUACACACAUUGAAAAGGAAGUAAAUACAGCCUUGUGACACUCCAUUCUGUGUUCCUAUAAUUAAUCUUCUAGUGUACACUUUGACUGCUAGUGGUUUUAGUGUUGUGCACAGCCAGCGUGUAUUGAAAGUUUAGAUCUAGGUCUAGGUCUAUUUGCAUAUUAAUCUAUAGCCUAUGAAUUCUAAAUGGGAUUAUUGUAUUGGAUUAUCGACAUGAUAUAGUGUUUUAUUUCUCAGCGUUUGGUUUUUACAGUUCAAUUAUUUGAACCUACACUGGUAAUAAAUUAAAAAUCGAACGGUUAUAAAAAAUGGUGUUCAGAAACCUAUUUGUGGACUCUUCCAUCAAUAUUUAAAUAGCAAGUACUUCAAAUAUGAUAUAAAUGUGUCCAAACUUCUGCAUCAAGACUGGCACAAAUGUUUAACGCUUUGAACAGGUCUGUCAACAGGACUAGCUCCUCGGAUUAAUUAUUGGUGACCCACAUAUUAGUGUUUUUCUUUAUUUCUCUUACCAUGGGAGGUAAAAAUUCUAAAUCGAAAGCAGACGCGAAAAACGAGCCAGCGAGUCCAGAGAGAGUCACUGGAGGUUACGAAGAAAUCUCUGAAGAAUUUUUAGAAGAAAACAGACAAAAACAAAAUUUCAAAAAGGAUUUAAAUGAAAAACUUAGCACCGGCCAGCACUCGCCCACGCUUACAUGCCCAGCAGAGGCUUCCGCCCACGAAUCAGACUCGGCUCCGAAACCCAACGGAGUCUCCAAACGAAAUCACCCCUACGAUGAAAUCGAAAUCGGCGAGUCCAACCUGAACAAAGACGUCAGCAAAUCCAAAACAGACGUUUCCAAGAAGCACCUCACGCAGUCUCUUGAUCCGGGCGCAGUUCUUUCCGAACAUUCGGAAGACGUGAAAUCCGAACCGAAGAAAGUGAAAGAGAAGAAAAAGGAGAAGGUGAAAGCUGAAGGAAAGAAGAAGAAAGACAAAAACUCCAAAGUGGUGUCAGUUGAGGUGCCCCAGACUGUAGUCAUAGAGGACACAGAAACGGAGUACUCAAACAUAGAGGCGAUCAAAGCUCAUGAUGCCUUGCUAGAGAAAGAAGACCUGUAUGCCAAACCCAUCAAAUCUAAAACCAAAGUCCCUAAAGAAGAGCCAUCCAAGCCACUGAACUACAUUGAGGUGGUCAUUACCCCGAAGUCCGGUAUGUUGGAGGUCAAGCCUGUUUCUCCAGAGCCCAUCACGUACUCCAAUGUGAUCAAAAGUGAGGACGGAAAGAUUGUCCUGGUUCCUGAAUCGUAAAGGAUCAACGCAGUGCGUGGGUCACUGGAAAGUAAAAUGCUGGUCAUUUUGAAUUCGUGUACAGAAUUAUGUUCUUCAGCGCAUUAUGCAUUAAAGUGAAAGUCUUGAGAAAGAUAAAAUGAUUGAGACUUAUAGGAGAUGAGCAGAUCUGUUUCUGAUGCAUUAAAGUUUUAUUUUAUUGAUUAAUUAAUAUAGCUUUUAUAAGAUUGACUUUUAAAAAAAUUCGUUUCUUAAUUUAUUUUUUGUGUUUAUUUGAUAAGUAGUUGAAUUAUUGAGUCAGAUAAAUAGCGUUUUGUACUGGAGAAGUUGAAAAUAGGAUUGUCAGUCCUAGUGUUAUCAACAGACUUCUUUCAGACCAACAUACUUCUCUCAGCCCAGGUGAUAUCAACAUACUUCUCUCAGCCCAGGUGAUAUCAACACCAUUCCAAAGACUACAGUUCCAGUUAACAAGAUGUAAAAUGAAUUAUUUGUGUGUAUCUUGAAUGAUGCUUGCUCUAUGCUUUUUGUACAUGAUCCAUAGAAUGAAUUCCACAAGCUGUCACCAAGAGCCUCUCUUGUAGUAGCUCUGGGAGGGAAUGUAAUGGUCUCAUCCAGGUAGUGACUUCAUUUGAAGUAAUUAUAAGUAUUAUGUUUCUUUUGUAUUUCUCUGAAUGAGCAGAGAAGUAUUGGUAUUACUAUUAUCUUUUUUUUGUUUUAACAAUUAGCACAUGUAUUGUGCUUCGUUAAUUAAUAAUACAUUAAAAAACAAACAUUCUGUUUUAAAGCCUAAUAUUAUGUAUGAAUAUGUUCGAGUGUUAGGUAAAUAAUGAAAAGUUAUGGAUAAGUAUAAAUGUAUAAUUUGUCCAUGUGUAAGGAGUCUUUUGGAAAUGCGUACCAUAUAAGAAUUUCCAAAUUCUUCAAAUUGCUAUUAAUACUAUAACUACACUACAGGAUUUCAUGUUCUCUUCUCAUCUGUUAUCUAAAUACUUGUAAUACUGUUUGUUAAACCAAUGUUUUUAGUGCCUACCUGUACGUUUUCUAUUGGCAUUGAUCUUAUUUGAUUUCUGUAAUUUUCUUUCAUGCUAUGUAUGUUCAAUUUCAAAAAGAAAGCUGCCCUGUCAGCUAGCCCUAAGACAGAUGCAUAUACAUGCAAGAACUGUGGCAGACUCUGCCGCUCCAGAACUGGCUUCAUCAGUCAUUCCAGAUUUUACCCCGUCUCAAGACGAAACCAAAGCCAGUGACUCAUCUGGGUGCAUCCACUGGAGACAGAAGGAGCCAUAUGUAUGCCCAAUUCUGGAUGCUGCUGCUGCUGUGAAGAAAUGCAUUUUAUUUCUGCAGUGCUGAAUUUAAACUUGAAAAAGUCAUACGCUAUUUUGUGGCCCUAUGUAAGUCCAGAUAUUAUCUGUCGGUGCUAAAUAUAUUUUGGCUAAAUAUAUUAAGCUCUAGCUUGUACCUACAGGUAAAAACGGCCCUGAGUAUAUGUAUGGUGUCUGGCAUUGAGUAUGUCGCUUGUUCUACACCCUCCUUCUGUUCAAGAAAAUUCACCUUUGUACAUUAUUGCCUUGAUCACGAAAUAAACAAGAAAUCACGAUAACUUAACAUUUCUUAAGAUUUAUUAAUAAGAUUAAAAUUAUCACAAAUGAUAACCAGCCUAACUAACUAAAUAAUUAUAGGAUGGCUGCGUGGCUGGACUGUUCUCACCCAGACAUACCGCCAUCAUUCCCUACCGUCCAUUCAGAGGCCUGUGACGGACGUUCGAAAUCUGUAAAAAAAAUAGUCUUUUAAAGCGCAGUCAUUUUUUGUUUGCGUGAUUUUGGAUUUUGUCCAGUGUUAUACCUUACUGCCACAUUACAUGUAUAUAUGCCAGUAUUAUCAUUGAUUCGACAGUAAUAGUUACAGUAUAGUCUUUGGUUGAAUCGUCACAUGUAGAUCUUUUACUCUAUAGCCUAUCAAGUUUUACCUUGUAGCACCCAGUUCUAGCCUAGAAUAGUGUGUUAAAACACACAAUAUUAGUACACUAAACAAGUUUUACUACAAUAGAAUGUUAAUGUUUCUUAUUUUAUAGUUUUGUUUUUGUGUUUUUUCUUUACUCUGCUUAUCACGAGACAAAUACUACAUAAGUAAGGGAGACAACUAGAUUAUUAAUUUAAUGUGUCUAAAGGGAGAUUAGUAAAGACAAAACUUUGUUUUUUUGAUGAAUCAUUUUCCUCAUCAAUAAUAAAAAAUUAAUGUAGCCCUUAUUUCUUUUUUAUCAAUCGAUUGUGUCUAUAUUUUAUUUAACAAGUACUUUUCUCGUUACUGAAAUUCAAUCAUUUUGUAAAAUAUUGAAUGAAAACUACGUGUACAGUUACCGAUGUAGUUGGCCUCUGGGGCGAAGUGAGCUCAAAUUAAAGUACAAAUCGUGACAUUGGACUUGUGAAUACUUCACUAUUGUUGAAUCCUAUCAACACUAAUAUGUACAUGCCACUAGUCACUCGAAGGGAAAAUUAAAAGCGCUUGUUCUGGCUACACAUCUCUCCCAUUCACUUUGACUUAGUUGGCCAUAGAUAAGUACAAACGUAGGCACACACGUACAAACAGACUAAUACAGACUAAUACACACACACACAUGUAGAUGCGAAAUAUUUAUUAUCCAAGGCUUUUGAUUGUACGUUGAUCAAUUUAUAGAAGGCAACAGUAACAAAUUAUGUAUAUCUCAGAUAGUGGCUUCUGUUCCUCACAGAUGGAGUCUAGGCCUUACUUAGGCCAUCUCUUCCCAAAAUUGCACCACCAUCUUAUUGUUAUGCAUCACGAUGGGCGUCUCUUUUUUUUUUUUUUUUUUUUAGUUCCAUGACUCCAGGCUUCUACUUCUCUCUAGUCUGGUGCCACUCUCUUAUCAGUGAUUUCAACAGUCUGUCUCAAUCAAGGGCGUAAUAGUGCGCACGUACUGUCAACAAAUGGAACGGCUCGCUGAAUGAGUAGCAUUGCGUUUGAAUAAUCAGACGGACUCCUUGUACAUGAAUUGCUAACUUAAAGAAAGCAAAAUCCUCAAUCAAAGCAAUUCAUAAGUAAGUUUUGAAGGUCAUCUCACCUGUCCUUUCGUCGUAAGGUUGCUGUGACAGCUCACGUGACCAAAUCCAUCUAUUUUUUCCCACAGCUGCUGUUCUUAGCAGGAUAUCAAGAGAGAGGCCGGCCCCUAUAUUUAUGUUAUCCAGCCAGACGUUCUUUGAGCGACACUUUCUUCGUUCUCUCUCCACUGUACCUGAAUGUGGAAUUUUGCAAAUAAACUGUUCAGAAAAUCUAAAUCGACCACCGGCGGACAAUGUUUAUGCCAGCGCUGGAUGUGGCUAAUAUGUAGGUUAGAGCUGGGGCUACGUAGCCACGGGAAAUACUGCAUUCCUCAUUUAAUUUUCGAACUCGAAGACAAGCCUUAUUUGUCUGCUGAUUGUCAUUCUGUAAACCUAUUUAUCUGAAAAAUGGGUGUUUUGGCAGCUCUUUCUGUGAUGCCGAUACUUACCGACGUACACACACAAGUACCAGUAUCAAACAAUAUAGGCAAAACUAACAAAACAACCUUCUCUCAAAGACAAAUACACUAUAAACACAUUAAGCACAAUUGUAAGGCAAUUUGUAAAUAAUUAAUGCAUAUAAACUAUCUCUUCCAAUUUUUCUAUAUUUUUUUGUGUGUAAAAAGGACGUCUAUUAUUUUUCUUAUGUAGUAUACUAUUGAAACUAUUGAAUUUUAUUAUUUUGUAAAACUUUAUUAUUAACAUAUAAAGUUAUUUUUUAUGUGCCUUUAUUUACAAUGUAUUUAUAGAAACUAUUAAUAUGAAUUGUGUUUUAUGUCUGCCAUUUUGAAAUGACAUGUCCUGAAUACUUACAGGCAUGUUGGCUUACGUUUCUAGACAUUUUAAUCUGUUCUUAGUGUUUGCAAGGGGAAGUAACUUACUUGUUCAAAGUUGAUUUCCAUUUUGUUAUAUUGAUGUUGCCUUCUAGAAUCAAGAUGAAUACAUAGUGUCCCUUUCUUUGACAAAGUAAUAUUUUUGAAUAAUAAAAUUUAUGUAUAUACAUAUAUAA